CCAGGCCGCCGGUUUCUUUCCGGGUCGGAUUGCAGUCACUCAUGGAGAGAGAAGGCUGCAAAUGGAAAGAAGCUGGGCGAUGAAGAAAAGGCAGGAGGAAGCGGAGCGUUGUAUCGAGGCGGCACACAAGUGUUUGAAGUCCGGCGACACCGAGAAGGCUCUGCAGUUCUUGUACUGGGCGCAGCAGAGAUACCCGACUCAGCGAACUAAAGCACUAAUUAAUUCAAUAAUUAGGAAUCAAUGUACUGCUGGUUGGACAAGUGCCAAGGAUGCUGAUGAUUCUAUUUCUAAGUCCAGCAAAUUAAAAAACUGUGUAAAUGGAAAUGCUCCCGAUGAUAUUAGUGAUGCUGCGAAGAGUUACACGCAAGAGCAGCUUGAAGGAGUACAGAGGAUAAAACGAUGUAAGAAUUACUAUGAAAUUUUGGGAGUUGAUAAAAAUGCUGAUGAUGAAGAUUUGAAGAAAUCCUAUAGGAAACUGGCAUUGAAAUUCCACCCAGAUAAAAACUGUGCCCCUGGAGCGACAGAUGCAUUUAAAGCCAUAGGAAAUGCAUAUGCCAUAUUGAGCAAUCCAGAAAAACGAUAUCAGUAUGAUCAUCGUAGAGAAGAAUCAACAACCAUCCGCAGUCCUUAUACAAACAAUUCAAGCCAUUAUCGAGAAUUUGAAGCUGAUAUAACACCUGAAGAUGUAUUCAACAUGUUUUUUGGUGGAAGAUUUCCAACAGGUAACAUUCAUGCCUACACAAAUGGAGGGACAACGUACACCCAUUUUUACCGUCGGCGCCGACAUAUGAAUGAAAGGACAGAAGAGGAGGAACAGGAAAAUAGAAUCCAGGGCACUUAUUCAGCAUUUGUGCAGCUAUUACCAAUUUUUAUUUUAGUUCUGGUGUCGCUUGUCGCCCAAUUGAUGGUGACCAAUCCUCAUUAUAGUCUUCAAUACAAACCGUCAUUGGGCCACAUUUUGUCGAGAGAAACCGAACAUUUAAGAGUAACCUAUUUUGUUGGUAAAGGCUUUGAGAAGGAGUACAGAGGCAAAGCACUACAAAAUGUGGAAACUAAUGUCGAGAAUGACUACAUUGAUUAUCUUCAAAAGAGCUGCUGGAAAGAAAAACAGCAAAAAACUGAUCUGCUGAAUUUGGCAACAUUGUACAGAGACGAACGUCUGAAGCAGAAGGCUGAAUCUAUUAAGACAGAGAAUUGUGAAAAACUGACCAAACUUAUUGAACUUCAGAGGAAAGGAUGACAGCAAUUCCAGAUUCACAUAAUACUUGUAUUAAAAUUAACAAAAUUUCAAAAUCAUUGCAUCAUGUUCCUGAGCUAAACAUACUAGUUUCCUAAACUUGAAUGCAUUUUGCAAGUAUUAUCAAUCCAUAGUUUUGAAGGAGAAGCCAUAACAUAGUAUUGUUGCUAAGUUACAUUAAAGUUUGGUAGCUACAAUUUUACAUGAAGGUAUACUAUAAACGGAACUGUGGAAGGACAGCGACUUGAAAUAUUGACUGUUUCUCUAUAGAUGCUCCCUAACCUCUGAGCAAGUCCACCAAUAUCCUUUAAUAUUUAUGGUUCCGUCAUCCAUCAUAUUUUUUGUUUUUAGCAGAAUUUUAUUGUUCUGGUAAGUUAUAUUCAUUACCUUGCAGUAAAUCUGGAUAUUUUUAAAUAAUGCAUCUAAUUCUGUGCCUGCAACUUCAGUUGUAAAAAGUCAUUGGAUGAGCACUUGAAAUGCUUUAGGAUCCAUGACAAAGGGUUUAUAGCUGAAAAGAAGGAUUAACCUAAAUAGUUCUAUUCUGGGGUGGUGGGGACUUACUUCACGAUCAAAUCACUACCCAACACUCUCUCUUCCCCCCCCCCCCGUAUAAAUUAAUAACUCAUGUGAAUCUUUGGUAUUUUCUUUGCUAAAACCAUUGUCAUAUUAAGCAUUUUAUUUAUUACUACUCAACACACUCCCCCCCUGCAUAAAUUAAUAACUUGUGAAUCCUUGGUAUUUUCGUUGCUGAAACCAUUGUCAUAUUAAGCAUUUUAUUUAUCAUUAUAAACAUGUUGAAAUGUAAUGUCAGUAACUUUAUCAUGUAUUUCGCACAUCUGUUUUUUUGAGGUUGCAUGGAUGUACUGUGAAACUCUUCAAGGUAGAGCUGAAUUGACAAUUGCUGAACCAAUAGUUCUAGCAAUUUCUUUGCCUGCAUAUUUCAAAAACACUGUUGAUGCAGUGCAUUUGUUUUAUACUUCUGAAUAAAAUGUGCAUUAAGUAGAAUUUCUGAAUAAUUGAGGAUUUUGAAGAACUUUACUCAUUUUAAGCAAAAUUAUUGAAGCUACUUUUUAAAAUCCAGGGGAAUAUAUUUGCACAAAACAAUGAGGUAGAAAAUAACUUUUUCCACAUAGAAUAUCUUGUAAAUUUGGCUUCAGGUAUGUAACUAGUGAAGGAAUUGUGCAUAUUGGUGUUUAUUUAAUGUACAUAUUUAUUAAAACAAAUCACAAUUUAUAAUAUUGCAUGUAACAAUAUUUAAAAUUUACAUAAUGUAUUGAAAAAAGAGUGCUUUUAUUUGAAUUACGGUAUCUUGAAGGCCAAGUAAUAGUCUGUAUAUCAUCUUACAGUUCUGAAUCUUGAAUUAUGUUCAAAUAAAAUAUUUUUUAAA